CUCGCCUCUCGGCUGCAGCUGCUCCCGCAUUCCUGGGCCGCCUCCUCGCUGCCCGCGCCGUUCCCCGCGCGGCUCCCGCAGUCCAGGCUCUUGAAGCAAUAGGCUGUUGGAUUUUGAUCCCGCCCAGAAUACUUGAGUUUUGGUCAGCAAGGAUAUAUAAUAGCGGUUUUGCUUGUCCACAUAAGAAGAAAAGGCAAUGGAGACUGAACAACAGGAGGAGACCUUUACCAACACAGAGACAAAUGACCUCUCUACAGGCAAACGUCCUGCAGAAGAUAUGGAGGAAGAGCAGGCCUUCAAAAGAUCUCGGAACACUGAUGAGAUGGUUGAAUUGCGCAUCUUGCUUCAGAGCAAAAAUGCAGGAGCAGUGAUUGGAAAAGGUGGCAAAAAUAUUAAAGCACUUCGUACAGACUACAAUGCCAGUGUUUCAGUCCCAGACAGCAGUGGCCCCGAGCGCAUCUUGAGUAUAAGUGCAGAUAUAGAGACAAUUGGAGAAAUAUUGAAGAAGAUUAUCCCUACUUUAGAAGAGUAUCAACACUACAAAGGCAGCGACUUCGACUGCGAACUUCGACUUCUUAUUCACCAGAGUUUGGCAGGAGGCAUUAUUGGUGUCAAGGGUGCUAAAAUUAAAGAACUCAGAGAGAACACUCAGACCACCAUUAAGCUCUUCCAGGAGUGUUGUCCUCAUUCAACUGACAGAGUGGUGCUUAUUGGUGGAAAACCGGAUAGAGUUGUAGAGUGCAUCAAGAUUAUUUUGGAUCUUAUCUCUGAGUCUCCAAUUAAAGGACGGGCCCAGCCUUAUGAUCCCAAUUUCUAUGAUGAAACAUAUGACUAUGGUGGCUUCACAAUGAUGUUUGAUGAUAGAAGGGGACGGCCAGUGGGCUUUCCAAUGCGUGGAAGAGGAGGUUUUGAUCGAAUGCCCCGUGGUGGACGACCUAUGCCUCCCUCGAGAAGAGAUUAUGAUGACAUGAGCCCUCGCAGAGGACCUCCACCACCUCCACCAGGUCGUGGUGGUAGAGGUGGCAGCAGAGCUCGUAACCUUCCUCUUCCUCCUCCACCACCUCCUCGUGGCGGAGAUCUGAUGUCCUAUGACCGAAGGGGCAGACCGGGAGACCGUUACGAUGGCAUGAUGAUGCAGUGUCAUGUGGAUGCCUGUGAUGAUAUGCAGCCACCAGAGCUGUUUGAGGGCGGCUCUGGUUAUGAUUAUUCUUACGCAGGGGGGCGUGGUUCAUAUGGAGAUCUUGGUGGACCCAUCAUCACAACACAAGUAACGAUUCCCAAAGAUCUGGCAGGAUCUAUUAUUGGAAAGGGAGGCCAGAGAAUCAAACAAAUACGUCAUGAGUCAGGAGCUUCGAUCAAAAUUGAUGAACCACUAGAAGGCUCGGAAGAUCGGAUAAUCACUAUUACGGGAACACAGGACCAGAUACAAAAUGCACAGUAUUUGCUGCAAAACAGUGUGAAGCAGUAUGCAGAUGUUGAAGGAUUCUAAUGCAAGAUUAUUUUUUCUUUUUUAUAGUGUGAAGCAGUAUUCUGGAAAGUUUUUCUAAGACUAGUGAAGAACUGAAGGAGUCCUGCACCCUUUUUUUUUUUAUCUGCUUCUGUUUAAAAAGCCAACAUUCCUCUGCUUCAUAGGUGUUCUGCAUUUGAGGUGUAGUGGAAUCUUUGCUGUACACCAGAUGUAAUGAUUUAGUUCCUUACAAAUACAUGGGGGGUGAAGGGCGCACGAGACUAACAUUGAAAUUUUGAAGCGGCAGAGAGAGUGAAUUCUAUUUUUGUUCAUUGUUGGUGGUAAAUUGUACUGUUUUUCUGUAAUUGUUGUGAACACCCUGCUUUAUGUACACUGUAUCUUACUUGGAAGGGGGAGAAUAUGGUAGGCCACAUGUCCCUGGAGUUUCUUGAGAGCAGUGUGCAGAAUGUAAUGCUUUUUUGUAAGAAACAUUUUAGGAUUUUUAAAUAAAUUUAGUGAACCUAUUCUUGGUGGUCAUUUUUCUUCAGGUCUCCAUAAGGUCUUAAUUAAAAAGGAUACACCUAGUUUGUUUUCGUUUUCCCCAUAUAAAUUAAAGUUGCUGUUAAGCUUGCUCUUAAGUUUCCAUGAUAUAUAGAUGGAGUUAUGUUGGGUUUUUUGACAAAUUAAAAAGAUCGUGUGAAAACAA